AUGAUUUUUACACUAGAGGAACCAGAUUCUUUUAUUCUCCCGAAUAUUAGAGAUAAAAAUGGUCAAGAUUUAGCCAAUAAAAUAGUAAGCGUAAAAAUAAGCCAAUGCCAGUCAUAUAUAUUCAUUUUGAGCCAAAAAUGCCUGUUCGUGUACAGUAAAGACAAUGAUUUCGUGUGUUUGGGAAGGUUCAUGUUGUCAGAGUUAGGCAACUAUGAGUAUUUCAGGGAUAUAAUCAUAUUACCAACACCGAACCUUAUCGCACUUCUAGUUGAUAAUUUAAAGCAUCUGUUAAUAGUAAACUGUAAUAGAGUAAGUGAAUCCACAACAAAAGGUGAAGAAGAGGUGGGAAAUAGAAUUAAAAAUCCACCCAACUUGAAGUUUAUCUACGAUAUAGUAGUACCAAACGAUUUCAGCUUUUUCUACACAAUUAAGAACCAGUUCUAUUUUUGGCUCCAUAAACAGUCUGGGUUCUAUAGAACUAUAUAUAAAAAAGGAUUUUUGAACCACUUAGUUGAUAAUGUAGGACCAGAUAAUCACCAUCAAGUUAUAAAUCUGUACUUAGUGACGACGAACGUUCUAAACAUUAAUAUUAUCGGAAACGUUAACUUUCUGUACAGCCUGUGCUAUAUACAUUUGAAACUAAAUGUAGUUGAUAAUAAUUUGGUCUAUAAAGGGACGAGAAAUAAAAUCUUUGGCCAUACGCUGGAUGGAAUAAUCACCAAGUGCGUCGAUAAUAUUAAUAAUAUAUCGGGAGAAAAUGAUUUCGAAGGGCCUGAAGAUAGAAUAUCUAAAGCCAGUGUAUCUGUAGAUAAUGAACCUGGGUCAAUUUUUAAUAAAGAUUCGUCAGAUAACCUUUCACUAGAAAUCGACGAAGUAAGGAAUAUAUACCACACAAACGAUAACCAUUUGUAUAUUUUAACGACGAGUAACCUGUUACUGUGCCUCAUAGUAAACGAAAAGGAAGAGGAAAAUUUGGUUGAAAAGGAUAUGGAAGUUGAACAAGUUGGAGAUAAAGGAGUAGUAAUGGGAAAGAUAAUGUGUCAAAACGUAAAAGAAAUGUGUAUAAAUGAAAAACAUAUGAUAUUUUGCAUUGUAUUCAAAGAUAAUGAAAUUAAUACAGUGUACAAAGAUAAGGUGAUAUCAAACCUUAAAUUUGAUACAGAGAUUAAGUCAAUAAAAUGGUUAGACUAUUAUUUGUUCAUAUUAACAAGCAAAUCAAUACAUAUCUGUACCUAUUACUUACACUUUUUGUACCAAAUUAAUAUAAAUGAACGAGUUAGUGAGGUUUUGUUGGAAGAAAAUUUCAAGACAGCCUCGGUACUUGAGCUGUCCAAGAACAGUUUAGUGGAGAACCAAUUUGAUAAAAUGAAACGGCUAGAGCUGGGUGAAGUGGAUGGAAGCCCAAGUUUACAUAGCGCAGAUGAGUCGUUUAGAGAUGGUGAAGAUAAGGAUACUGAGGCGGUUAACGAUAUUGUGGUUAUCGAUAAUAAGAUAAUGUUGUUCAGAGAUAAAGAGUUGUUGGUUUACGAUAUUGUUAAUUUGAGAAAUAAUGAAAAAUACAAUGUUUUCUACACCAACCACACGGUCUAUGUGGCUGCAAACUACAGAAUGUCGUCGAUAUACAAGAAAAGCACAAGGUCAAUAACGACCAAGAAGAGUAAAAAUUUCAUAUACAACAUAAAGCUAAACAACAUCAACCAAAUAAACGAUAUUAAAAUCAACAAUAUCUGCAGUUACAUGCUGAUACAGUAUAAUGGAAAUAAAGUUCUUUUGUACAGUAAAAACAGAACGACCAUGGUCAAGAAUGACGAUUCCAGAGUAGUUAAUCUUAACUUCUUCACAAAUUACAUCUACUAUAUCGUGCUUGAAACUGGAGAAGAGUACAAUAUCUCUUUCUAUAACAUUAAUAGCAAGUUGAUUGAAAUUAAAACCAAGAGCGCUCCAGUUAAAAUGUUACACGACGACCCUUACCUGUUCAUAGUGCUCUUGAGCAAUAACGUCAUACAGACGUAUGACCUGUACUAUAUAAAUUAUAAGCUGGUAAAUACAAUCGAUACCAAUAAGCUGAAACCAACAAUUCUAGAUUUCAGUGAAGUUCCAGACAAAAUCGAGGCCUUGGAUGAGGUUGAGCACGCAUACAUAGAUAAAAACUGGAUAGAUUUCCAUAAAUUAACGCCAUAUGAACCGGAAAAGGAUUUUGAUGAUGUAUAUAUCAUAAUGAACAUAUAUAGAGAAGUUUAUAUAAUAAACAACAAGUAUAUAAAAUACCUGCUGAGUAAUGUUAACCAGAUAGUACACAUCAAGGAUUACCAAUACCUGCUCACAAUUACAAAUGACCCAAACACCAUGACCGUAACUGAAGAGGAAAGUGAGCCUUAUAGCGGAAAUAUCACGCCUUUCUCAAAUCACACAGAGUCGAAACUACCAGAAAAUUCAGAUAAAAGUGUUAAUGCAGGAACUGCAUAUAUAGUUGAUAAGAGUGGAAAGCUAAUUGAAGUCGUUUUGAACGAACCGAAUAACUACAUACUGUCAAUAAGCGACAAUAACCUGAUAAACUUGAUGAAAGUUAACAACGGAAUAAGCCUAUACAACGACGUCUUGCUUUAUAACAUCAGCAAUGUUGUUAACUAUGAAAAGUUACUCCUGAUGCAUCUGCUGAAUAAUAAACACCGAAGUGAAAUUUUAUCCACAAAUCUACUGUCUACAGCCACCGUGCCACCUGAUGAUGAGUUUUCAGAAGGAGUUUACGCUCACUUUAAGAAACUCUAUUAUAAGCUUUUUAGUGUUUUGUACCGUAAAAUGGACAAUAUAGAGGAUAUUAAAGGACUGGAUAAGGUAGUGAAGAGAUUCAGUGAAGAGUGCAGUUUGGGACUACUCGGAGACAAGGAGUCGGUGGUCGACGAGAUAUUUAAUAACUUGCUGGAACUGAAAGAAUAUAACUUUUGCAGCCUGCUUCUACUGACACUGCAGUUAAAAACAGACCCAGUUCAUACGAGGAAAAAAUAUUGCAAAGUUUUGAUACAAAAACUCGUCCACGAGAUAACUCAUGUCAUCCUGAACGGCCUCAACAAUAAUAGGUUCAACUUCAACCUGCUAAAUAACAUUAUCGCCUUUUAUAACCGAAUUUACGAAGAUUCUACUCGUGAAAGUGUUUCAAAUAAUUUCGAUGGAGAUGAAAAAGAUGAAUGCAGUGUCAGUGAGAGUGAACUCGAGUCACUAUCAAUUGAGUGCCUAGAUAACGAUAUUCUGGUUAACGAUCUGAUUAUGCUGAGCGAGUCUAACUUGGAUUUCAACGCGAAUGUGCUAUUAUACAAUAUAAUUAAGUUAAACCACACCCAAAUAAUUUAA